AUGCCCAAAACCCUAGCAGCGGAAUCUUCUCCAAACACCUUAAACCCAGCCCUCCUAGCUCUCAAGCCUCGUCAAGUGUUGAUCUCUAGACCGGUUAUGGGGAAAGAGAGCAAAACCUCGAGCUUGAAAUCGGAGCAGAAGGCUCUUCUUCUCCGUUCGAUAGCUCAGUACUUGGAGCGAUGUGGGUUUUCCAAAUGCUUCAAAAAACUGCUCUCCGAAGCUGAAAUCGAGAAGAAGGAAUUGAACAGUACUUUACCGGAUCUAGAGGAAGUUUACAGCGAGUUCUUGAAGAAGAGCCAUAUCGAAGCUGUGGAGGUGAAAGAUGAAUCCGGUGAUGAUGUGAACGCAAAUGGGAAGAAGGAGGCAGGGAAUGUAGACGAGAAUGCAUCUGUUGAUCACGAAACUGAUGAAAAGGAGAAGAAGAAUGAAGUUGCGGCGGAUGCAAUGGAGGGCGUGGAGAAGGUAAAGAAGGAUAAAAAGAAGAAGAAGAAGGAAGCAAAGCUGGAGGUAACCGAGGAGGAGAAGGUCAAAGAGACUGAUGCUGAGAUCGAAGAUGGACCGAAAGAGAAGAAGAAGAAGAAGAAAACCAAGUCGAAACCUGUUGAGGCUGAGUCUUUGGGUGAUGAUGAUAAGGAGAAAGUUUCCAAGAAAAGGAAAAGAUCAGAGCCCGAAGAAGAGACUAAAGAACAGGCUGAGGAUGAUGAAGAAUCAAAACGUAGGAAGAAGGAAGAGAAUGUAGAAAAAAGCGACGAGGGUGUUCAAGAAACACCUGUUAAGCAGGCUGAAGUUCAGGAGAACGGUAACGUUGAGAAGAGCGAAACAAGAUCAACGAAUAAGAAGUCAGGAAAAGGGCUUUCUAACUCAAAAGAGCCGAAGAAACCGUUUCAGAGAGUGAACGUUGAAGACGUUGUGUUCACUGAUGAGAGACUUAAGGACAACUCUUAUUGGGCAAAGGAUGGUGCUGAUUCUGGUUAUGGUGCUAAAGCUCAAGAGGUUCUAGGGCAAGUCAGAGGAAGGGGAUUCCGACAUGAGAAGACGAAAAAGAAACGAGGAAGCUACAGAGGAGGAGAGAUCGAUCUUCAGUCACAUUCGGUUAAGUUUGAUUACUCAGACGAAGAAUGA